CGCGUGUUCGCAUAGAGCAUCGCACGCAACGGCAAGUCACGAACCCCCACUGCCCACUGCCCUCACCUGAAGAGGGCGCCGCGAGCCUCGAGUGUGCCUGUGAUUGCGCGGAUUGUGAUUGCACGACCGAAAGUGAGCCGUGGUGUUUGUGUCGCGCACAACCUUUCCAGUGACACUCGCUCUCGGUGACCGCCCCGAAAUCACCCGAAACCGUGACUCACCGGGCUGCUCCAUCGGUGGCAGGCAGGAUAACGGCGCGUUGGCGACCCGAUUAGUGACCCGGCCCCGGGAAGUGCGUUGCGAGCGAAGGCGAUUGUAAGGAUAGAGUGUGCCCUGACCGAUUGUGCGUUAAAAUUGGAAGGAAUCGUGGCCAAAAGCUUGUGCUCCGUGCCGAGGAUCGCGCUCUUAGUACAGAACUGCAGACGCGGUGCAAGAGUUUCUAGAUUGUCGAUCUCAUCCACAGUCGGUCAGUUGCUUCGGAGUCGGUGGUCGGAGGUGGAAAGUGUUAGCCAUCGGCCAGUCCUGCAGGGAGUUCGUGAAAAAGAAAAUUCGAACCGACAAUUCGCCGAUCAGUCGAUUCGCUUUGCGUUGUUCAGAGUCUACCGAUGGUGGUCUGAGGCCGGCUCCCUUGGAGGAUUGGAUUGAGUCGAGCCAGUAGUCGAGUGCCGAGCCCCUGGAGGCCACCAAAACCGCCCACCACGCACCCACCUGGACUGACGUCGCACACCGCACCGCAACGCAAGUAACGAUGCUACGCAACCUACGAAGAGACUGCUGGCUGGCCGCGGCUAUACUGGUGACGGCUUUGGCCGCCUGCUCGAACGCCUCACCCAUCUCCACGACACCACAGGCCGAGCUCUACCUGUCACAGUUCGGGUACCUCAGCCCACGGUACCGCAAUCCGACGAGCGGUAACCUGCUGGACCACGAGACCUGGGAGAAGGCCAUCAUGGAGUUCCAGAGCUUCGCCGGCCUCAACGUCACCGGCGAGCUGGACGGCGAGACGAUGCAGCUGAUGUCGUUGCCACGGUGCGGCGUCAAGGAUAAGGUUGGGUUCGGGUCGGACACACGCUCGAAGCGGUACGCGUUGCAGGGCAGCCGUUGGAAGGUGAAGGAUCUCUCGUACCGGAUAUCGAAGUACCCGAAGCGACUGGAGCGGGCCGCCGUUGACAAGGAGAUCGCGAAAGCGUUCAGCGUGUGGACCGAGCACACCGACCUGAAGUUUACGCCGAAGAAGUCGGGUGCCGUCCACAUCGACAUCCGGUUCGAGGAGAACGAGCACGGCGACGGUGAUCCGUUCGAUGGACCGGGUGGCACUCUGGCUCACGCGUACUUCCCGGUGUACGGUGGCGAUGCCCAUUUUGACGAUGCGGAACAGUGGACGAUCGACAAGCCGCGCGGUACGAACCUGUUCCAGGUGGCGGCCCACGAGUUUGGCCACUCGCUCGGCUUGAGCCACUCGGACGUCCGAUCGGCGCUGAUGGCUCCGUUCUACCGUGGGUACGACCCAGUGUUCCGGCUCGACUCCGAUGACAUCCAGGGAAUUCAAACACUGUACGGGCCCAAGACGCGCAACGGUGGUGGUGGUGGCGGUGGUUCCGUGACACCGACGCGCACACCCAAACCGAAGGACACGCCGAAGGAGGUGGACUCGGAGCUGUGUACCUCGGCGAACAUUGACGCCAUCUUCAACACUGCCGACGGAAGCACGUACGCCUUCAAGGGCAACCAGUACUACAAGCUGACCGAGAAUGCCGUCGCCGACGGCUACCCGAAGAAGAUCAGCGACGGGUGGCCCGGACUGCCAGGAAACAUCGACGCGGCGUUUACGUACAAGAACGGCAAAACGUACUUCUUCCAGGGGACCAAGUACUGGCGGUACCAGGGGCGCCAGAUGGACGGCGACUACCCGAAGGAGAUCAGCGAGGGAUUCACCGGCGUCCCGGACCACCUGGACGCAGCGAUGGUGUGGGGCGGCAACGGUAAGAUCUACUUCUACAAGGGCAGCAAAUUCUGGCGGUUCGACCCGCUGAAGCGGCCACCGGUCAAGUCGACCUACCCGAAGCCGAUCUCCAACUGGGAGGGCGUCCCGAACAACAUCGAUGCCGCCCUGCAGUACACCAACGGGUACACCUACUUCUUCAAGGACGACAAGUACUAUCGGUUUAACGAUAGAACGUUCACGGUCGAUCAGUCCGAUCCGGCGUUCCCGCGACCGACGGCCCACUGGUGGUUCGGCUGCAAGAACACUCCCUCGACCUUCAACACACUAGGUAACGUACGGUUGGAGCACUCCAACGAGCAUCCGGGCGAUUUGGCCGAUCUGAACGCGGAUGCCGCCGGAACCGACGAGCGGCCAGACCAACCGGACGACUACAGUGGCGGCGGAGCGACCAGCAUCAGUCUCAGUAUUACCCUCUUGUUGGCCGCGCUGGCAGCCCUGGUUGUGGUGGAGCGCCACUAGCCCCCGAUGAUCCAGAGCUCCAACUUCUGCACGCGGCUCAGCUCGACAAGAAAGCAGGAUCCUUCCGGACCUAACCCUGGAACCCCUCUAUUUGGUAGUGCGGAACGCCCUUGAACAUCUUCGGAAAUUGAUCUCAUGUGCGAGUGACAACGUCCGAACCGGAUCGGGAUCGCGACCAAAGGGCAGAUUUCAUACGAGAGUGUAGAACGGGAUCGAAUUAGUCUAAGAUCGAGAGUCCUGAGUGAGGGAUAACAUUGGCUAGCAAAUUGGAAGCCGGGACACUGCCUCCUGCCGCAACGGCAACUAGGUGACACAGGUGACAGGUGAGAAGUAGUACAACCAGCGACCGUGGUGCCAGGUGCCUUGUUAACGAUGUGCUAGGAACAGGAAGAGCAGGAAGCUAACCCCGCACCGCCCCGCCCAAUCAAUCUGUACAUAUCGCUGAGCUGGUCCGAGGAUGUUAAGUGAUAGAAUAGGCCAGAAGGUCCAGGAGCGUACGGCAAAGCAAACAAGUUUACAGUGUUAGCAGUUAUGGUGCGAUUAGGAAGCGAAAACAAACCGUGAAGCCGUGUUGAGCCAUUGGUCGCGUGCGGCUCAACAUCCUUUCCGUCUUUUAAACCAACCUUCCCCCCACGUCAACGGUCAGUAGGGGCAGUCACAUUACGGUUUGGUUUGAACUGCCUUACCUUUACCGAAUUUGUAUAUAUUUAUAAUUUUAUCGUUCCAGAGCAGAGUAUUUUAAACGAACGCGGCGCACCGCGGUGAGAACAGGAAAUAAACGGACAGACGG